GAAGGGCAUCCAAAAAUCUAAGAAGCUCCAUGACUUUAAGAAGUCUAUAGCUGAGGAGUUGGGGUAGCCGAGGGUUGGUCUAAUACUGAAGUUAUUAUCCUGGCUCCGCAAAACACAUCUCAUACCAAUUCAGACAUAGUUCCUCUAAGAAGUAGAGUGCCACAUGUCAGCAUAGGCUAAGAGCCAAGAACAGAAUCAAGUGGAGUGGGGCUGGCAAGGAUUUGGAGCUGUAUCUUCACAUGUUGGGGCUCCCCUAGGUGGGAAAUGAUUCCACUGCUGCCAACUCUUUGAUUUUCUGUAUUACAGGUUAAGAUAAUAAGGUUGGGAAGUGAAAGGAAUCUGUCGGCCAGGAGUGGUGGCUCAUGCUGGUAGUCCUAGUACUUUGGGACGCUGAGGCAGUCGGAUCGCUUAAGGUCAGGAGUUUGAGACCAGCCUGGCCAACAUGGUAAAACCCCACCUCUACUAAAAAUACAAAAAUUAGCCAGGUAUGGUGGGAUGUGCCUGUAGUCCCAGCUACCUGGGAGGCUGAGGCAUGAGAAAUGCUUGAACCAGGGAGACAGAAGUUGUAGUGAGCCAAGAUUGUACCACCACACUCCAGCCUGGGUGACAGAGUGAGACUCUGCCUUAAAAAAGAAAAGAAUCUAUUCCCUGUCUCCCAGCCGCGUACAGUGGCUCACUUUGGGAGGCUGAGGCAGAAGGAUUCCUUUAGUUCAGGAGUUCAAGACCAGCCUGGGCAACAUGGUGAAACCCUGUCUCUAUUCUCAAUGUAAAUAAUUUCCCUAGCCAGGUGCGGUGCUCACACCUGUAAUCCCAGCACUUUGGGAGGCCAAGGCGGGCAGAUCACGAGGUCAAGGGUUCAAGACCAUCCUGACUAACAUUGUAAAACCCCGUCUCUACUAAAAAUACAAAAAUUAGCCAAGCGUGGUGGUAAAUGCCUGUAAUCCCAGCUACUCAAGAGGCUGAGACAGGAGAAUCACUUGAACCCGGGAGGUGGAGGUUGCAGUGAUCUGAGAUCAGGCCACUGCACUCCAGCUGGGCUACAGGGCGAGAUUCCAUCUAAAAAAAAUCGUCUAAAACUUUUAGACAAAAGUUUAAGGUUUUUUCUUAUUAAAAAAAAAAUUAAUUCCCACUCCUGUUCCAAAUUUGAGGAAAGCACUAUUAACCUGGCAACAAUAAAGGGUAGAAAAGAUGGCUGAAAUGGGCAAAAAAAUAUGUCUCUUUGGAUAUAAAGACGAGGCCUGCAGGGGGCAGCACCAAGGCAGAAAUAGACUAAGAUCGCUCAGUCCUUUCCUUGGUCUGGGGCUCCCCACCGUUCCCCACCAUCACUCCUCCCAUUCCUUUCAACUUUAUUUUUAGCUGCCAGUGGGAGGGGGCAGGAUGGGAGGGAAAGUAAAGAAAACAGAAAAAGAGAGGGACAGACAGAGGCCAGAGAACUUCUCAUACUGGACAAAACGAUCAGGCAUGGAGCUCCCCCUCGUCACUCACCUGUUCUUGCCCCUGAUGCUCCUGACAGGUCUCUGCUCCCCCUUUAACCUGGAUGAACAUCACCCACGCCUAUUCCCGGGGCCGCCGGAAGCGGAAUUUGGAUACAGCGUCUUACAACACGUUGGGGGUGGACAGCGAUGGAUGCUGGUGGGCGCCCCCUGGGAUGGGCCUUCAGGCGACCGGAGGGGGGACGUUUAUCGUUGCCCUGUAAGGGGGGCCCACAAUGCCCCAUGUGCCAAGGGCCACUUAGGUGACUAUCAACUGGGAAAUUCAUCUCAUCCUGCUGUGAAUAUGCACCUGGGGAUGUCUCUGUUAGAGACAGAUGGUGAUGGGGGAUUCAUGGCCUGUGCCCCUCUCUGGUCUCGUGCUUGUGGCAGCUCUGUCUUCAGUUCUGGGAUAUGUGCCCAUGUGGAUGCUUCAUUCCGGCCCCAGGGAAGCCUGGCACCCACUGCCCAACGCUGCCCAACGUACAUGGAUGUGGUCAUCGUCUUGGAUGGCUCCAACAGCAUCUACCCCUGGUCUGAAGUUCAGACCUUCCUACGAAGACUGGUAGGGAAACUGUUUAUUGACCCGGAACAGAUACAGGUGGGACUGGUACAGUAUGGGGAGAGCCCUGUACAUGAGUGGUCCCUGGGAGAUUUCCGAACCAAGGAAGAAGUGGUGAGCGCAGCGAAGAACCUCAGUCGGCGGGAGGGACGAGAAACUAAGACUGCCCAAGCCAUAAUGGUGGCCUGCACAGAAGGGUUCAGUCAGUCCCAUGGGGGCCGACCCGAGGCUGCCAGGCUGCUGGUGGUUGUCACCGAUGGAGAGUCCCACGAUGGAGAGGAGCUUCCUGCAGCACUAAAGGCCUGUGAGGCUGGAAGAGUGACACGCUAUGGGAUUGCAGUCCUUGGUCACUACCUCCGGCGGCAGCGAGAUCCCAGCUCUUUCCUGAGAGAAAUUAGAACUAUUGCCAGUGACCCAGAUGAGCGAUUCUUCUUCAAUGUCACAGAUGAGGCUGCUCUGACUGACAUUGUGGAUGCGCUAGGAGAUCGGAUUUUUGGCCUCGAAGGGUCCCAUGCAGAAAAUGAAAGCUCCUUUGGGCUGGAGAUGUCUCAGAUUGGUUUCUCCACUCACCGGCUAAAGGAUGGGAUUCUCUUUGGGAUGGUGGGGGCUUAUGACUGGGGGGGCUCUGUGCUAUGGCUUGAAGGAGGUCACCGCCUUUUCCCCCCACGAAUGGCUCUGGAAGACGAGUUCCCCCCUGCACUGCAGAACCACGCAGCCUACCUGGGUUACUCUGUUUCUUCCAUGCUUUUGCCGGGUGGACGCCGCCUCUUUCUCUCUGGGGCUCCUCGAUUUAGACAUCGAGGAAAAGUCAUCGCCUUCCAGCUUAAGAAAGAUGGGGCUGUGAGGGUUGCCCAGAGCCUCCAGGGCGAGCAGAUUGGUUCAUACUUUGGCAGUGAGCUCUGCCCAUUGGAUACAGAUAGGGAUGGAACAACUGACGUCUUACUUGUGGCUGCCCCCAUGUUCCUGGGACCCCAGAACAAGGAAACAGGACGUGUUUAUGUGUAUCUGGUGGGCCAGCAGACCUUGCUGACCCUCCAAGGAACACUUCAGUCAGAACCCCCCCAGGAUGCUCGGUUUGGCUUUGCCAUGGGCGCUCUUCCCGAUCUCAACCAAGAUGGUUUUGCUGAUGUAGCUGUGGGGGCACCUCUGGAAGAUGGGCACCAGGGAGCACUGUACCUGUACCAUGGAACCCAGAGUGGAGUCAGGCCUCAUCCUGCCCAGAGGAUUGCUGCUGCCUCCAUGCCACACGCCCUCAGCUACUUCGGCCGAAGUGUGGAUGGCCGGCUAGAUCUGGAUGGAGAUGAUCUGGUUGAUGUGGCUGUGGGUGCCCAGGGGGCAGCCAUCCUGCUCAGCUCCCGACCCAUUGUCCACCUGGCCCCAUCGCUGGAGGUGACCCCAGAGGCCAUCAGUGUGGUUCAGCGGGACUGCAGGCGGCGAGGCCAGGAGGCAGUCUGCGUGACUGCAGCCCUUUGCUUCCAAGUGACCUCCCGCACUCCCGGUCGCUGGGAUCGCCGCUUCUAUGUGCGGUUCACAGCGUCACUGGAUGAAUGGACGGCUGGGGCACGUGCAGCAUUCGAUGGCUCUGGCCAGAGGCUGUCGGCUCAGAGGCUCCGGCUCAGUGUGGGGAAUGUCACCUGUGAGCAGCUGCUCUUCCAUGUGCUGGAUACAUCAGAUUACCUCAGGCCAGUGGCCUUGACUGUGACCUUUGCCUUGGACAACACCACAAAGCCAGGGCCUGUGCUGGAUGAGGGCUCACCCACCUCCAUACAAAAGCUGGUCAGCAGUGCCAUGCCCUGCCUCCUGGUCCCAACACCCCCUCCUUCAAGAGGAAAGGGAGGGAGAGGACAUGAGAUCAUGGUGAAAUCUGACCUGGGCUCCUCUAACCAAAAUAUACCCACGUUUGUCUUUUCACUUUCCCCCCAUUCUAUUCCUUUCCCCCUUGCUUUCCUCUCAGCCCUUAGCCCCUUCCCUUUCUUCCAGGUCCCCUUCUCAAAGGACUGUGGCCCUGACAAUGAAUGUGUCACAGACCUGGUGCUUCAAAUGCAUAUGGACAUCAGAGGCUCCAGGAAGGCCCCAUUUGUGGUUCGAGGUGGCCGGAGGAAAGUGCUGGUAUCCUCAAUUCUGGAGAACAGGAAGGAAAAUGCUUACAAUACUAGCCUGAGUCUCAUCUUCUCUGGAAACCUCCACCUGGCCAGUCUCACUCCUCAGAGGGACAGCACAAUAAAGGUGGAAUGUGCGGCCCCUUCUGCUCACGCCCGGCUCUGCAGUGUGGGGCAUCCUGUCUUCCAGACUGGAGCCAAGGUGACCUUUCUGCUAGAGUUUGAGUUUAGCUGCUCCUCUCUCCUGAGCCAGAUCUUCAUGAAGCUGACUGCCAGCAGUGACAGCCUGGAGAGAAAUAUGACCCUUCAAGACAACACAGCUCAGACCUCAGCCUAUGUCCAAUAUGAGCCUCAGCUCCUGUUCUCUAGUGAGUCUACCCUGCACCGCUACGAGGUUUACCCGUAUGGGACCCUCCCAGUGGGUCCUGGCCCAGAAUUCAAAACCACUCUCAAGGUUCGGAAUCUAGGCUGCUAUGUGGUCAGCGGCCUCAUCAUCUCAGCCCUCCUUCCAGCUGUGGCCCACGGGGGCAAUUACUUCCUGUCACUGUCUCAAGUCAUCACUAACAAUGCAAGCUGCACAGUGCAAAACCUGACUGAGCCUCCAGGCCCCCCUGUGCAUCCAGAGGAGCUUCAACACACAAACAGACUGAACGGGAGCAAUACUCAGUGUCAGGUGGUGAGGUGCCACCUUGGGCCGCUGGCAAAGGGGACUGAGGUCUCUGUUGGACUGUUGAGGCUGGUUCACAAUGAAUUUUUCCGAAGAGCCAAGUUCAAGUCCUUAAUGGUGGUCAGCACCUUCCAGCUGGGAACUGAGCAGGGCAGUGUCCUACAGCUAACUGAAGCUUCCCGCUGGAGUGAGAGCCUCCUGGAGGUGGUUCAGACCCAGCCUCUCCUCAUCUCCCUGUGGAUCCUCAUAGGCAGCGUCCUGGGAGGGUUGCUCCUGCUUGCUCUCCUCGUCUUCUGUCUAUGGAAGCUUGGCUUCUUUGCCCGUAAGAAAAUCCCCGAGGAAGAAAAAAGAGAAGAGAAGUCAGAGCAAUGAAUGCAGAAUAAGGCUCUGGAAAGUCCUCCCUGGCAGCUUCUUCAAGAGACUUGCAUAAAAGCAGAGGUUUGGGGGCUCCGAUGGGACAAGAAGCCGCCUCUGAACUAUUUCCCCAGACCAGCAGCCUGAGUUGACUUUUGAGUCCUAGGGAUGCUGCUGGUUAGCGGUGAAGCUUUACCUCAGACAAGCAGAGCUGGCACCAAAACCAGCCAUGCUCCCACCCUCUGCUUCCCUCCUCCUAACGACCCUGGUUCCAGAGCCAGCACUGGGGCCUUCGUUUGGAGUCCUUUUAUCCCCAUCCCCAGGAAUCAGUCAUUUUUCUGUCUAGGUCCCUGACUCCUUUCAGAGUCCCUCUUUAUGUUCCCUCACGGUUUGGAAAGGAUGAGGGUUAUCUUUCUGGAUGCUUCCACCAUCUCACCUUCCUGCCGGUUCCCCGCUCCACAGGAGGGAGCUGACGUUGGCUUGAAAGAAGUAAAGUCAACAUCUGCCGGUUUCCUGUGGACUCUGGUGAUUCAUAGAGCCGCAUGGGGAGAGUCAACAGGAAAAAGGAGGGAGGAGGAAAAGCCGCAAGAGACAUUUUGUACAACUCCAAGGAACAGAGAAGCCUUUAGACGGGCAACUGCCAUCCCCCCUGAAACCUGAGAGCUGCAGCGCACUUGCCCGCCCUCAGGUGUUGGGGAAACAGAGCUGCCCCAGGCUCGCUGGGCAUAGGCUUUCUGACUCCAAGCGUUUUCUGGGAGCAAAGCCAGAGCCUGGUGCCUGAUUUUCUGAAGCCAAGAGCCCUCAGGUGGCUGGAGCUGGAAUAGCAGAGAGGACCAGGUACCUAGGCAGUAUUUUCUCUGUUUCUCUCAAGUCUUACUCACUCGUGAGUCCUCCUUGGGGCCUGCUUAGAAAGCAGAAAGACUCAUAGGCAGGUGUUGAACAAUUAGAACACGUGGACACAGGGAGGGGGGCUAGGGGAGGGACAGCAGGUGGGGGGGGAGGGGUAACGUGGGGAGAAAUACCAGAUACACGUGAUGGGGGGAUGCAGGCAGCAAACCACCUUGCCAUGUAUGUACCUAUGCAACAAUCGUGCAUGAUCUGCACAUGUACCCCAGAACCUAAAGUACAAUUGAAAAAAAAAAGCAGAAAAGAGAGUACUGCUGCUUUACGGUGGGAAAUGCUUUCACUUUACCAGCUUUGAGAAGCAGCAGCCCCAUGGGAUGUAAACAUGUGGGGUCUGCAUUAAGAAGCCUGUGUGCGUGGGAUGGGGCUCUGGGGAGGAAGACCUUACUUGCUCAGCACUGGUCAUAUAAUACAUGUAACUCCUAGGAAAAUGUUUCUGGGGCAACCCCAGAACGCCGAUCAUAUUUUACAGGGUUUCUCUGGUGGAAUCAGUUUUCCAGCCCUUGCUUCAUAUUUACCAGAAAUCCCCCAGUUAAUUUCUAUCUCUGACCCCUCCCCAACCCACUCCAUAUUUGGGUCAUGGCCAGGAAAGGCAGUUGGAUUAUCAUAGACAACUGGGUAAUGUAUUCCUUUGUAAUCAAGACUUGAGAUAUCGAAGUGUGUCAUUAGUUUCCAGAGUGCAGCUCUGAGAGCCUGUUGAAGAAUCAGCCCUCAUGUAGAGCUGAGAAGACUUGAUUGGGUGGUUGACUAGCAGCCACAGAACCUGUCCUCCCAGGCUGUUCUGAGGCCUGACCGCAGUGUUUAUUUUGCCUUGUCCUGUCCUUCUGCAGAGGCCCACCCUCAUGGGCAUUGUCUCUGUUUCCCAGCAGGGUGGACAGUAUAUCAGAUGGUCAGAACAAAUAAAAUUCAGUGUCAAAUGA